AUGACAGCCGCAUGUCUUCUAGUUUUGUUUGUGAUUACAGACGCACGGCCUUCAAAGCAGAGACGUCUCAGACAACACAGCCGACUACAGCUGAAGAACAGCGAGAUAUCCGGAAUAGCUGAUAAAAAUGGGCUGACAUCAACGCCAUCGUACGAUGACAUAUAUAGCCAUUGGUCUGCUUGGUCACGUUGCUCCAGAAAAUGUAAGCAGCAACGCAUGCGCUUGUGCAUCUCUCCUCUCCACUGUGAAGCUCGUAUGUUGAAAGAAAUAAAACCUUGUGCAGGACAACGAAGCAGGAAGAAUCCGGCGGUAAACGUAGAUUCGGAAAAAGUUUAUCUGCAAACUGAAAAAGGAGCAACCCAGUUUCAUGUUCUUUAUCAUCUUCAAAGUUUUGUGUACUCUGAUUGGUCGGAAUGGUCUCCUUGCACACGAUCCUGCAAGACUCGUCGCUUCCGCGCCUGCGAACUGCCGGUAGUGUGCGGAACCAGUCUAAUCUACGAAGAUGUAUUGUGCUAUGUUAAAGGAUCCCUCUGUGACAAAUUCUACCACAGGAAAGAGAGACGUGACAAACAGAAAGAAACCAAAGAAGAAAAAAUAGAGAUUCAAAACAGAAAAGAGAAUUUUACAUUAGACAAUAAGGAAUGCGGAAAGCCAGUAACAUCUUCUCCAGAUCUGCGCAUUGUAGGCGGGCACGAGGCUCAGAAAGGCCGCUGGCCUUGGCAGGUGGCAGUGUUGAAUCGGUUCAUGGAGCCUUUCUGCGGAGGAACGCUGAUUGCACCUCAAUGGGUAUUAACUGCAGCUCACUGUGUUAGAAGACGUUUGUACGUAAGAGCAGGAGAACAUGAUUUGCUGAACACCGAGGUUUCAGAACAAGAAGUCCGAGUUUCUGAAUCUUUCGUGCACCCGAACUAUGAUGUAGAAACAGUAAAUAAUGAUGUAGCUCUGCUGAGGCUUCGGCAGCCUUUAACGAUGAACACCUACGUCCAGGCUGCGUGUUUGCCUAGUCCGGAAAACGAACUUCACGUGCAGACACUGGCUACUAUUUUAGGCUGGGGUAAACAACGAAAGGCCGCCAUAUUUGGAACGGAUGUUCUACAUGAAGCACAGGUACCAAUAGUAGAUGUACAAGACUGUCGACAGGUGUAUCAGGACUAUUACAUAAGCGAUAACAUGCUCUGUGCAGGCUACAAGAGAGGCCAGAUAGACUCGUGCGCUGGCGAUAGUGGCGGCCCCUUGCUGUACAAAGUAAAUGAAAAAUGGGAAAUCCACGGUAUCACUAGCUUCGGAGAGGGGUGUGGAAAAAUGGGAAAAUAUGGGAUUUAUUCCAAAGUAGUAAACUUUGUAGAAUGGAUAAAAGAAAUUAUAGUUCUCAAUUCCUGA